AUGGGUAAUACGGAUUCGAAACUUCGUUUUCGAACCCAUAUUUCUCGACUGUUUGAGCUUGAUAAUAUAUCAGCAGAUGAUAGGUAUUACUGGGUCAAAUAUUGGACAGAGCCGAAUUCGGUUUUUGACGUUUUCACCCUGCUAAGUUCGGCAGAUAUAAGAAAGACUCGGGAUGGCAACUUGGCAAACCUUGAGACUCUUAUCAAGGUUGUUUACUUCAGAUUAAAGGAAUUGAGAAAUUCGAGAUCGUUUCCUCAUAAUGACAUUGCACCAGCAAAGGAGUUAUUGAACUGUGUCAGAAUAUUAACUAAAAUACUCCCAUUUGUUUACGAAAAGGACACUGAUGAGAUUCGAGAGUGGGAAGAGAAGGUGUUUUGGCAAACGACCAGUGAUAAGACUAGUGACACUUCUCAUCUACAAGGAAUUGCACCUGACCUUAUUAAUAUCACAUUGGAUCUGCUAUUUAUAGAAGGAUUUACUAUCCCAAUUGGACAGGCUAACUCCUCAAUUUGGGAGCCAGGGGUAGGUUCAAAUACCGUACAACAGCCAACUCAUGAGAUGCUGUCAAACAGAGUAGAGAUAUUGCGCUUCCUAUUGACUCUCGUAUCAGACUGCUUGUAUCAGAAUCAAGUUGAUGUUGCUGUCAAGGGGUCGAAGUAUCUCACAUAUGUUGUGACAAAUCCUGAUAAGAGAGUGGUGAUGACUGUUUUGUGCUCUCUACUCAAUACAUCACUAAGAUACAGUCCAGCUGGAAAAGUUCCAUAUGAUCAUAUGCUAAUUUCAGACAGGAAUCGACAAUUAGUUAUAUAUUCUGUUCAGCUUUUGGUUGUUCUUCUGGUAUAUCCCAUUCCUGAGGUUCCAGAUUUUUCUAUUGGAUCCUCUUCGAGGUUAAUACCUAAAUCUGGGUCUGGCCGAAAGCAGGAUAUCAAUAUGUACAGAUAUUUCUUAUCAAAAAUCCGCCACCCUGAAGAUUUUCAAUUUAUCAUUGACAACUUGCUGAAGUUGAUUUCACAGCCAAUCCUACUAACUUCUUCAUUAUUGCCUGGUAGCCAGACCGAAGUCCAAUGGGUUACAGAACUUUUGGCACUUUUCUGGGAGCUCACACAGUGUAACAGAAAGUUCCGCGACUACCUUUAUUCGGGUUCCGCUACUGACUUUAUGAUUUUUUUGCUUGCUUAUGUCCAAGAAAAGUAUCAAGACGCUUCUCAGAGAGAAGUUGUAAGGCUCUCCGCUUAUAUCCUACUCUAUCUAUCUUCCGACUCAGCAUUUGUUAAACUACUACGGUAUAAAGUUGAAGUCAGCAGUGGUAGCGAUGAUAUAAACGGUAACUUGCGAAGAAAGUAUAUAUCAUCUAAAUCGAAAAUGUCGAUAUUCAGUGGAACGUAUGGUGAUUAUCUGAUAAAUCAACUACUUCAUCCAUUGCUUUCAAGUGGGUCUAACAACGACCCCAUGUUUGACUUCCUGGCACCAACCUUUAUGGAGAUUAUCUAUAAUAUCUCUCCAUUUACGAUUAACAUUUCAUAUUCUACUGCAUCAAAUCUUGUUCAAUUGUUUUCGAAUUUGAUUUCUUCAAAUUACAUCAUUACUGCAUCGAUAAAGGAGUUUCUCCUUCUGAAUAUUCUCAAAGUAUUCUCAAAUUUGAUUCAUUUCAACUUUCGCUCUAACAAGAACCUCUUGUUUGUUAUAUUAAAGAACGAGUCAAAGUUCCGCUUUUUGCAUAAUAGUACGAAAGACGGGGAUUCUGAUGGGCCAUUUGUGAUAGAAGAUGAAGAUGGAGGAAUAGACGGACCCUCAGAAGCAAGUUCGUCAAAGUCUAAAGGUAAGCAACCUGUAAAAGCAGCUUCUUCCACUCCGAUGGUCUCAGCGAAAGAUAGUUCCUCUCGUGUUAGCGACUUAUGGACUUUGGUUGAGCCAAUCAUAAUGAUAGUUGAAGAUUUGCGAAGGCAGAUCCCAUAUACCGAGUACAUUUCCACAACCAAUACUCAGGAAACAAAGGUUCAACCGCACAUUAUAAUAGACAGCAUAGGAAAUAUACCUUCAGUUCGAGGUGUGGACCUUGAUCAGCAUGAACCAGCAGACUUUGAACCGAUUCGAUUCAAUUGGAAUUCGAUAUCGCUGGGGUGGUAUGAGUCAAUUAUAUGGGGUGAUAUUUUCCGAAACGAAAGUCAACUAAUACUAUCCACUAUAAACGAAGUGGCUACCAGCCUCGUUUCCCCUAGGAUUGGCAGUGUUGGAGUUUGGAAUGGCACGAAUAUCAAGUUGUUCCGUUUACAAGAGGCUGCCAGACAGGGUCCUUCUCUUCUUAGACCAAAAGGUGCUGUGGAUGCUGUAGCUGAGUCAGUGCUACAACAAUUUGGUAAACUCACUCAUUAG